AUGCUUGCUUCAGAAUCUGCGAAAUCUCAGAGCCCUGAGUCCUUCGUUUACACAGGAUUGAUAGAGUCUUACUUGGGUAAAAGAGCGGCUCUUAUAUCGUCAGUGUUGAUCAGUUAUGGCAGAUUGAGUGCUAGAGAGUUGUCAAAGAAAUCAAAGCUGUCACCAUCAACAGUGAAGAAAACCCUAGUUAGUUUAAUUCAACUUAAUUGCGUUUCUGUGUGGGUUGAAACUACUUUGAAAUCUGAAACCACAUACUACUAUUUCAAAGAAGAUGGUGCUUUGGCGUUGUUAUAUUCUGGUGAGAUCAUUGGAUAUGUUGACAAAUUAUACAAUAAUGAUUCUUUAACUCAAAUUGUUUCCAACUUUUUAAGUUUAGGGAACUUAUCAAUUAAUGACUACUUAUCGUCCUUUGGUUCUGAUGAUAAGGAGGAAGUUCACCAAUUGGAGAAACAUUUUGCGUCAUUAGUGACAGAUAAAUUUUUGAUACCAAUAUCAAAGACCCAUUUCAACCCACUUAAAGAUCUUUGGUUACAAACAUAUAAAAAGGCCUACGGAAGAAUACCGAAAACCUCAACAUUGUCAGAACUUAAGAGAAAAGCUGAAGCAAAAGCGUUUGCAAAGCUUGAAUUUUUGAAAAUUGUUGACUACCAACCUGAAAGCCUUAUAAUCAAAGAUAAAUCAACAUCUUCCUCCAAAAUCAAUCCAAAUAUCAGCUUGUCCUUUAAUAUUCAAAGGUUCUUGAAGUACAAACGCAGUGUGCAGCUAACACAUUUCUGCUGCCAUAGAAUUGGCAAAGUUACAUCAGUCAUUUAUGAAAGCGCAUUGUUAGCUACCGAUAAAAACACGCCGCCUGUCAUUAAUCCAUUACAUCAAAUUGGUUUAUCAAAUGAAGAGUUUGAGGAUGCGUCGGCCUAUGAACCAAAAAAUUCUUGUACAUUCAAUGCUAGAGAUGUAUUGAAACACCUCCCAACAGAUUUUAUUUUGAACGGUACAAUUUUGAAUGGACCAACAAAAAGAAAGGCUUCUGAUUCCGAUACAAGAUCCAGCUCAAAGCGUGUUAAAUUGGAAGAAGGGUUUUCUGUUCCAGAGUUGAAUGGCGAGGAUCAUUCAGAUGACGAGGUUGAAGAUUCAAAUACAGCUAAACUUGCUAUUGUGGAGCAGCACUUGAAAAUAUUGACUAAUUCAACAAUUCCAUUUUUGAAAAAAGCUCAAAACGGGCUAUAUUAUGUUCCCUUUCCGGAAGUUUUAACUCUUUUGAAAAGAUCAGUAUAUGAUUCUGUUAUAUCAUCAACAUUGGGGGCUCCUUGUGCAAGAAUUUUAAGAUGUGUUCGUGAUAAUAGGCUAGUUUCAGAGAAGCUCAUUAAUUCAGUCGCUCUAUUGAGAGAAAAGGAUGCACGCUCACUAACUGCAACAUUAGUCAAAUACAACAGUUUGCAAAUCCAAGAGAUUCCAAAAUCUGCUGAUAGAGCUGCUUCGAAAUCGGUUUUCUUAUAUCGCUUUAAUGAAAAGCAUAGUUUUGAUUUUUUGAAAAGUAAUGUUUGCUGGAAUAUGGGUCAGUUAUUGGAGAAAAUCGAUUGUUUAAAGCAGGAAAAUAGUGGUUUAAUAACUAAGAUCAACAGAGACGACGUUAAGGGGAAAGAGAUGGACUAUUUAUUACCAAGUGAAUUAACCCAACUCAAAGAAUUGAAAGACAGGGAGCUUGAUGGUGUUAUCAAAAUCAAUAGACUCACCUCAAUCUGGGAGGUCUUCAAGUUUUUCUGAUCAGUUUUUUAAUCAAAUCACCAGGCAUUGGUUAUUGUUCAAAAUUGUAGCUUAUACAUCCGACCAUAAUUCACCGGGAUUGCCCCUUUGGUGGAAUUGUAAACAAACUAGAAAACCAGGAAUCGUCUUCAAACUUUUGAGCUCAACUAGAAUGAAACUAGUGUCACCAAGUGCUGUUAUACUCCGAUGAUGUCGAGCACUAAGAAAUCUAAUAUCUCGCGUGAAGUACUCCCAUCUGAACAGAUAGCCAAACUCAAAGAUGCAUUUGAAAUAAUGGACCAUGACAACGAUGGGAUAAUCUCCAAAAGAGAUCUCGAGAGUCUAAAACAAACAACAGGCAAAACUUUAUCUCAAGAGGAGAUUGCAAAUUUGCUAUCCUAUAUUGAUAAUGGUAAUGACAACCUUAACUUUUCCACUUUU